AAUCAGACAUAGUAUUUAUUGAUAUUUCAGUUAAGAUGGACCGUUGGCAGAAUCGGGUUGCUGUAGUCACUGGCGCUAGUGCAGGUAUUGGUGCUGCAAUUUUCAAAGAUUUAGCUAAGGCUGGUCUAAUUGUGAUUGGAUUAGCUCGUCGUGUUGAUCGUGUUGAAGAGUUGAAAAAAAGCCUUACUGCAGAUCAAAGAUCUCGUGUGCAUGCUUACAAAUGUGACGUUUCAAGUGAAGAAUCAGUAAAUUCAGCAUUCGAAUGGAUUAUUCAAAAAUUUGGUGGUGUUGAUAUUUUAGUCAACAAUGCUGGAUUACUUUUGGAUGGCAACCUUUCUACUAUGCCCAUUGCAGAUAUCAGGAGAGUUCUUGAUACAAAUGUUAUGGGAGUGGUACAUUGCACACAACAUGCAUUCAAAAGUAUGAAGGAUCGGAGUUUUGAUGGACAUAUUUUAAUUGUGAAUAGCAUUUUGGGGCAUUCGAUUCCGAUUUUUCCAACACAUGUUGGCUUCAAUAUUUAUCCAUCUAGUAAAUAUGCUUUAACUGCUAUAACUGAGAUGUAUCGACAGGAGUUUAAAGGACUUGGGACUAAAAUUAAAAUCACUAGCAUAAGUCCAGGAUUAGUGGAAACAGAUAUGGUUGAAGAUAUCAAAAAGGAUAUUGGUCCUGUUGUUCUUAAUGCACAAGAUAUUUCUGAUGGAGUGAUGUAUGCCAUUUCAACACCACCACAUGUUCAAGUUCACGAGCUGACUAUUAAACCAAUUGGAGAAAAUAUGUGAAAAAAACAAGUAUUUUUAAUAAAAUAAUAUUACAAACAGCUGUUAAAACAUUCAUAAA